CGCGUCGACUGCGGACACUUCACGUCUUCGACCGCAGUCAGCUGCUGCCCAGCGUCUGUCGCCCCGAGGAAAGAAUGCUGUAUUACCAUCUUUACCCGAAGAACCAGCAUCGGAUGAACCGAAUUCUGGAGACUUACCAGCAAUUUUACGUCCAGGAGGGGGGAAAGUACCGUCGCCACAACAUGGACCACGAUCAUCUACUGGUGGUUCGCACGAUGGAUCGUUACCACUUCCUGGUUCUUACUCAUUUUCGGCACCCUCGCACCAAAGCUCCCUCCCCCCUCCCAGUUCUCUGCGACCCGGUGGAGGUGCAUCUCCGGUGCCCCAUAGGUCGCCGCCGUCUCAGAAGUCUUCUUACAUACCCGAAGCCCAAAUACCCGUACUACCGGCUGGUGCCCUAGGAUAUGUGCCGGGAUCUAUCCCGACUCCCCAGCCACAGAGGGUUACAUCUCCGACGCAGGAGCCGGUUUACAACCAUGCCCCGCACCAACCGGUUCAUACUUCUCCGCAUGUAUAUCCCGCAUAUGACUCCAGAUCCCGGCCAGCCCCAUCACCUACACCUACUGUCCACCAGCGAACCCAUUCCUCUUCGCAAGAAUACCCAGCAUAUAAUCCCAGACCACCACAUGUGCUGUCGCCGGUGCUUCCACACUAUCAACCUGCAGUACAGAGCCCCACUUACGAGCAGAGGCCUAUACCUGCGCUUCCGCCUCAACCCAACCCCACCCCAGGACUUGCCUCACCUCAAGUGCAAUGGCAGGCGCCGCCACCCUCAAGCUAUCCCCAUAUGCAACCAAGCACAUACACCGCCGACCCAGGACACGCCCCAGCGUUCGCUUUCCCGACACCCAGCAUCACGCCUGUCGCGUCACCGCCCACCAACGGCUACUAUCCUCCGUACAGUCUCGGCCCCACUCCGCGCCCUUACCCGUACAACUAUGCGCCUCCGCCGCGGGACCCCGACCUGGAUCUUCCCGCCAGCCUGAACAACCCGCGGUAUUCAAAGCCGCUGCCGCUGCCUGACGAACCGGAGGGUGUGCACACGCCGACACCUGCGCACCCACAUGGUCACGUCUCGCCCACGCCGGCUCAGCAGAACGGGCACCACAAGCACAGGAGCCAGAGCGGCAGCCAGGGCAAGUAUCAGAGCGCGGAGGAGCGCGACAGGCUGGUCGCUCGUACGCUGGAGCUCGAGGAGGAAGAGCGCAAAAGGCAGGCCCGCGAACAGGAGGAGCGCGAUCUGGAACUGGCGAGGAGGCUAGACCUGGAGCUGAACCUGGAUGGUGUUGAUGCGGUUAGGGAAGAGACCGCGUUAAGCAGUCGUACGAACGGGAACGCCGCCGAGAUGCCGGGGGCGUGGUCCAGGCAUUAGCUGAAUGCAUGAGAUACAGUACGUCGCUUGUGAGAUCGCUGGCUGCAUCGGGCCCAUCAACAUGAAGCGACGGUCAAUCAUACCACUUUCUGACAUAUACCUGUCCCUUUCUGCUAUAUCUUUGGAACUCUAUGUAAUUGACUGGGAACGUAUAGCGGUCGCCGCCUAGUUUCUUCCGUCCAACAUAACAGCUCUGAAAAAGAAGAAAAUUAACGACCCCUGGUCUAAAGACUGAGAUGGAGACAAAGGCGACCACAAAUACGAACAGAGA